GUUUGCUGAAUUAAAUUCCUCGAGGUUGGCAGACAAAGAUAAUUUCCUUUUCAGUCAUCAAACAGUGAGCUGUUGCCUUUGAUUGGAAGCACUAGAACCAGACAAUUAAGAGGGAAGACACCAAGGUGCUUUCCAAAUUUAAGUCACCAUGUCUCAGAAGAAUCCAGAAUGUGCAGCUGACCACGACCGUACCCGUGAAGAGAUGCAGAACCUACAGGUUGCACCAGCCUCCAGCGAUGUUGAGGAGCCAUGUUCCUCAUCUCAUCUUAUGGCUAGUAGUCUGAAGGGCCAUACCAGUGAAGAGACCCAGGUCCCCGAGGACAUGGAGGAACCAUGUUCCUCCUCUCAACUUCUUAUUGCUAGCAACCAGGAAGAUCCUGCAUAUGAGACACCCAGUACUUCUAGGGGUCUUCAGCAUCCCUAUGUCUCUUCAAGUGAGUCUGCCGAGGGUCUUGAUAACAAAGGAAUGCAGGGUAACUCAGUCAUUCCACCAGAUCAGCCAGAUUUACCUGUGAUGACCAUAGAUGGGAAAGUUAAUUUCUUGGUGAAUUAUAUGCUGUACAAAUAUCAGGUGAAAGAGAUGAUGAGCAUGAACGAUAUAAUGACACUCAUUGUCAGAGAAGAUGAACAGCAUUUUCAUGAAAUCCUCAUGAGAGCUUCUGAGCGCAUGGAAAUGGUCUUUGGGCUUGAAGUGAGGGAAGUAGAUCCUGUCAACCAUUUCUAUGCUCUCUUUAUCAAAUUAGGUCUCACCUAUGAUGGGAUGAGAACUGAUGAGUAUAGCUUUCCUAAGACUGGUCUCCUGAUACUCAUCCUGGGUGUAGUCUUCAUGAAGGGCAACCGUGCAACUGAAGAGGAGAUUUGGGAAGUGUUAAAUCCAAUGGGAAUCUAUGCUGGAAUGAAUCAUUUCAUCUUUGGAGACCCCAGAGAGCUGCUAACUGAUGAGUUUGUGAGGGAGCAAUACCUGGCAUACCAGCCAAUAGCCAAUAGUGAUCCCAUACAGUAUGAAUAUGUGUGGGGGCCACGGGCUAAAGCUGAAACUAGUAAGAUGAAAGUGUUAGAGUUUGUGGCCAAGGUUCACGGGUCAGACCCUACUGUGUUCCCUUCUCAGUAUGAAGAGGCUCUGAUAGAAGAAGAAGAGAGAACCCUUGCCAUGAUUUUAGAACAAGCUGGCGGCUCGAGUUCUGCUUCUGGUGAAAGUUCUAGUGACAUGGGCAGCAAUGUCCCUCACAUCUAGUACAAUCAGACAUAAAUUACUUCUGUAUAGUUUGCACAGAAUUUUUAGAGUUAAAGGGGAUAUUUAGAGAAGGGAGAGUCUUAUCUGCAUAGUUCUAAUUUGUAUAAGUACCAUGCUAUUUUUCUUUCAUUGUUUACCCUUUAUAUUUGAAUGUAAUUGUACUUAAAAGCAUUGUUGUUUAGUCUCAAAAUCUCCACUUAAUUCCAUUCAUAAAUUAAUAAUAAGAGCUUUGUCAUGACAUAAAACUAAUUGGGAAAUAAUACUAUCUAUCUGUGCAUUAUCUAGAGUAGUAAAAUAUGCAUUUUCUAAGAUUCUAAAUUUUAAACAACUUUGUUCUAAUUAUGUUCUUUGUACCUUUCCAUUUUUAGUAAAAUUGCAUGCUUUAUGUGGAGUUGUUUACUUUAUAGUUGCCAAGGCUAAUAAAAUUCAAGAAACUUUACCUCAA